AUGUCGUCCCUCCGAAACAGCGUCCAACGCCGCUCCCACCGCGAGCGCGCCCAGCCCCACGAGCGCGAACGCCUCGGCAUCCUCGAGAAAAAAAAAGACUACCAAAAGCGGGCCAAAGACUACGCCCAAAAAAAAGCCGUGCUCAAAUCCCUGCGCCAAAAAGCCGCCGACCGCAACGAAGAUGAAUUCUACUUCGGCAUGCUCUCGCGCCGGGGGCCCGGCUCCUCGGCCCUCACGCGGGGCAAGGGAGGCUUCACGGGUCAUGUUGAGGGGGACAGGGGGAACCGGUCGAUGGAUGUUGAUACGGUGCGGUUGUUGAAGACGCAGGAUUUGGGGUAUGUGAGGACGAUGCGGAAUGUGGCGGGGAAGGAGGUCAGGGGGUUGGAGGAGAGGUAUGUUUUGGCUGGGGGGGAUGUUGAUGCCGUUGGUACCGGUGGUGGGGGUGAUGAGGAGGAGGAUGAGGAUGAUGAUGAGGAGGACGGGAUGGGUUCGAGACGACGAUCGAACUCGAGCGCGCAAAAACCGAAGAAGAUUGUGUUCUUCGACGGGGCAGACGAGAGGGAGCAGGCGCUGGAUCGGACAGCAGCAGCGGGGGACGAAGACGAAGGGAUGGGUGGGAUUGAGCAUGCGGACGACCAAAAUGCGGCAGCAGCAGCAAAAAAAGCACAGAACUUAGAGAAGCUUGGCCGGCGGUUACAAUUAGCGAGGAAAAAGCUCAAGACGCUCAAGGAGGCGGAGUAUGAGCUGGAAAUACAACAGGCUAAGAUGGCGAAGACGGCGACGUCGGGUGGGGUUACUAAGAGCGGGCGGAGGAUCAAGGUACGGGAACGGAAGAGGUAG